AUGACUGAGGAGCCGUACGAGAAGUUCCUGGCUCCCGAGGAGCCGUGCCCGCUGCUCUCGCACCAGCACCCGCCGCGGGGCGGCAGCUUGAGCCUGAGCGAGGAGGGUUGCCUGGACGUCAGCGACUUCGGCUGCCAGCUCUCGUCCUGCCACCGCACCGACCCGCUGCACCGCUUCCACUCCAACAGGUGGAAUUUGACGUCUUGUGGAACGAGUGUGGCCAGCUCAGAGUGUAGUGAGGAGCUGUUCUCAUCGGUUUCAGUUGGUGAUCAAGAUGACUGUUACUCUCUAUUGGAUGACCAGGAGUUCACCUCUUUUGAUUUGUUCCCCGAGGGUAGUGUCUGCAGCGAUGUCUCUUCUUCUAUUAGCACGUACUGGGAUUGGUCUGACAGUGAGUUUGAAUGGCAGUUGCCUGGCAGCGACAUCACAAGUGGGAGUGAUGUACUUUCUGAUGUUAUACCUAGUAUUCCAAGUUCUCCCUGUAUGCUUCCUAAAAAGAAAAACAAGCACAGGAAUCUUGAUGAACUUCCAUGGAGUGCAAUGACAAAUGAUGAACAGGUUGAAUAUAUUGAAUAUUUGAGUCGCAAAGUCAGUACAGAGAUGGGCCUUCGAGAGCAGCUUGAUAUUAUUAAAAUUAUUGAUCCUACUGCACAGAUCUCGCCUACAGAUAGUGAAUUCAUUAUUGAAUUGAACUGUCUCACAGAUGAAAAACUGAAGCAGGUGAGAAACUAUAUCAAGGAACAUGGGCCUCGUCAACGGUCAGCCAGGGAAAGCUGGAAGAGGAGUAGCUACAGUUGUGCAAGUACCAGUGGUGUGAGCGGCGCCAGCGCCAGCAGCAGCAGUGCCAGCAUGGUCAGCUCAGCAAGCAGCAGUGGCUCCAGUGUUGCUAACUCCGCUUCAAACUCAAGUGCCAACAUGAGUCGAGCGCACAGCGAUAGUAAUUUGUCCACAAGUGCUGCGGAAAGAAUCCGGGAUUCAAAAAAACGUUCCAAACAACGGAAACUACAGCAAAAGGCCUUACGCAAAAGACAGCUGAAAGAACAAAGGCAAGCUCGUAAGGAAAGACUGAGUGGAUUAUUUCUUAAUGAAGAAGUGCUCUCUUUAAAAGUGACUGAGGAGGACCAUGAAGGAGAUGUGGAUGUUUUAAUGUGA